AUGCCCAGACAGACUCCCGUGGCCAGGAGCAAGAAGCCAUGCCCUCGCUGCAGCUUUGUCAUAACUCACAUUCCUCAAAACCUCAGCUGGCUCUUCCUGGUGGACCUCUGGUCCGUGGCCGACCGCUCGCUGCGUCACUUCCAAAUCAUGCGCGACGUCUCGAAGCGCGACACCCCCGAGGGCGAGUGGUUCAUCCUCGUCAAGGUGAAGCAUGCGGCUGCUCGCAAGGCGAUCGAAUCGGUGCUUCUUGAGCACAAAGCCGUCACUAGGACCGUCAGUCACGACGAGAGCGACGAUCUGAUCCAGCGCUUCACGCAGGACGACCAAGACCUUUUCAGCCAGUUUGCCACGGACCGAGCCGAGGUCCUGGGCGAAACGUCACGCGCUGGUGCUCAAAGGUCUCUCCCAGCCCCUACCGUCGACCAGGAGGCAGUCAACUCACCCUGA